AUGGUUUGCUUCAUGCAGCUGCUGUGUGCUUUUGCCGCAGCCACUGUGGUUGUGGCUUCAGACAACCACAAAAACGGCGCCUACGUGACCAACGUGAACAAUGACGGCACGGAGGUAGAGGAAUAUCUGGGAGAGUUUACAUCUGAAAACGACCUGGGCUCUAGGGAUCUGCCAAGGACAGAUUCCAGUGAUCUUGGAUUGGAGGACGGCGUCUCGUGUGCUGGUCAACUCAUUUCUCUAGAGGAUGCCGAGGUGGCUCAGCGUGGUCUGGCUAAAGUUUGUGGCUCUGGCCUUGAUUUCUCAAAAGGAAUCACAUAUUACCAGAAUUCUGCUUUUGCUUACAUUGAUUCAUCGGGUUUGCAAUAUACGUGCUAUGCGAGUGAUAUCCAGCAAGUGUACGCUGCGAUAGGCGAGAAUUGUAACGCAUUGGCAAAGAAGGGCUUUUUCCAAAGGGCCCUGGGAUUAAUCCAUAUUGGGCGCGCCAACCGAAACGACUACCAGGCUUGA